CUCUUCUUCUCUUCUCCUUACUAUCUCUUUCUCUCCAAUCUUAUUCCAUCAUGUCUGUCCAGACGGUUUCCAUCCAGCCCUUCACUGACCAGAAGCCUGGAACCUCCGGCCUUCGCAAGAAGGUCAAGGUCUUCCAGCAGGCCAACUACUCUGAAUCUUUCAUUACUAGUAUUCUUCUGUCGAUCCCCGAGGGUGUUGAGGGUUCCUUCCUCGUCAUUGGUGGCGAUGGCCGUUACUACAACCCUGAGGUCAUCUCCAAGAUCGCAAAGAUCAGUGCCGCUUAUGGCGUGAAGAAGCUGUUGGUUGGACAGCAUGGCAUUAUGAGCACUCCGGCCGCUAGCAACCUCAUUCGCGUGAGGAAGGCAACUGGUGGUAUCCUCUUGACUGCCAGUCACAACCCCGGUGGUCCCGAGAACGACUUUGGUAUCAAGUACAACUUGGCCAACGGUGCUCCCGCCCCCGAGGGCGUUACCAACAAGAUCUUCGAGACUGCCAAAACCCUCACCUCCUACAAAUACCUCGAUGUUCCCGAUGUCGAUACCUCCACCAUCGGCAUCAAGAACUACGGCCCCCUCGAGGUUGAGAUUGUUCACUCUACUGCCGACUACGUGACCAUGAUGAAGGAGAUCUUCGAUUUCGAUUUGAUCAAGGAGUUCCUUAGCUCCCACAAGGACUUCAAGGUCCUGUUCGACGGCAUGCACGGUGUGACCGGGCCUUACGGCGUGGAUAUCUUCGUCAAGGAGCUCGGUCUGCCCACCAGCAGCACAAUGAACUGCCAGCCCAAGCCGGACUUUGGCGGCGGUCACCCCGACCCCAACCUCGUGUACGCCCACGAGCUUGUCGAGGCCGUUGACGCCAACGGCGUGCACUUCGGUGCCGCCAGUGAUGGUGACGGUGACCGUAACAUGAUCUACGGUGCCAACAGUUUCGUCUCCCCCGGUGACAGCUUGGCUAUCAUUGCCCACCACGCCAAGCUCAUCCCCUACUUCCAGAAGCAGGGUGUAUACGGCCUGGCCCGCUCAAUGCCCACCUCCGGAGCCGUAGACCGCGUGGCUAAAGCGCAAGGCCUACAGAGCUACGAAGUGCCCACCGGCUGGAAGUUCUUCUGCAAUCUUUUCGACGAGAAGAAGAUGUCGAUUUGUGGCGAAGAGAGCUUCGGCACGGGUAGCAACCACAUCCGCGAGAAGGACGGCCUAUGGGCCGUCGUUGCCUGGUUGAACAUCAUUGCCGGUGUCGCCAAGCAAAAGACUAGCGAGACCCCCAGCAUUGGCUCCAUCCAGAACGAGUUCUGGCAGACCUACGGCCGCACCUUCUUCACCCGCUACGACUACGAGAACGUCGACAGCGAGGGUGCCAACAAGGUCGUCGGCACUCUGUCCGACCUGGUCGCCAACCGCGACACCUUCAUUGGCUCGGAAAUCGCCGGCCGCAAGGUCGUCGACGCUGGCAACUUCUCCUACACCGACCUCGACGGCAGCGUCUCCAAGAACCAGGGCCUGUACGCCAAGUUCGAUGACGGCAGCCGCAUUGUCGUUCGUCUUUCCGGCACCGGCAGCAGCGGUGCUACUAUCCGUCUGUACGUUGAGCGCUACGAGGCCGACAAGUCCAAGUUCGGUCUCACUGCUCAGGAGUACCUGGCUGAUAACAUCUCGCUGUCCCUCUCUCUGCUCAAGUUCAAAGAGUAUGUUGGCCGCGAGGAGCCUGAUGUUAAGACCUAAGUUUGGUUAGGUUGUUAGGGUUAAUGUGGAACCUGCUGGAUGGGGAUCACCUUUUAAUUGUUUUGCAGUUUUAUCUGAACGCGAGAAGAAUGAUGAUCGAAAAGCAGUAUCAAGAUUAAAAUAUUAUACUUUGGCAGGAGAUAGAAACUGUAUCUUUAUCAUAAUCCGAGCCUGGCUUAUCUUAAAUUCAGACCUCCAGCUCUGCUAAUGAAGUAUAUGCAUUAUUGUCCUCUGUG